AUUAUUUAGCAGGUAACAUCUAAAGGUACUGGUUUAAAUCCUAAUGCCAAAGUAUGGCAAGAAAUUCCUUCUGGAAAUACAGACACCACUGCAGUUACUCAUGGAACGGAAAGCUCUUGGCAUGAAACAGCAGCCACUUCAGGGUCUCAUCCUGAAGACAAUUCAGAGCUUCCCAAUGAUGAGUGCAAAGAAUAUGAAAUAAUGUAUUCGUCAUCUUGUGAAACCACAAGAAAUCCAACAGGCAUUGAAGAAUCAGCUGAUGGAAUCCUUUCAGGACCGGAAGAUCCGAAUUAUCAAUUAUAUGACAUUUCUGGAGAAAACAAUUCAGCAAUUUCUACAGAAGAUCUAAAAGAAUGCCUGAAGAAGCAAUUAGAAUUCUGUUUUUCACGAGAAAAUUUAUCAAAGGAUCUUUACUUGAUAUCUCAAAUGGACAGUGAUCAGUUCAUCCCAAUCUGGACAGUUGCCAAUAUGGAAGAAAUUAAAAAACUGACCACAGAUCUUGACCUAAUCCUUGAAGUGUUAAGAUCUUCCCCCAUGGUUCAAGUUGAUGAGAAGGGUGAGAAAGUGAGGCCAAGUCAUAAACGAUGCAUUGUUAUUCUUAGAGAAAUUCCAGAAACAACACCAAUAGAGGAAGUGAAAGCUUUGUUCAAAAAUGAAAACUGUCCCAAAGUGAUAAGCUGUGAGUUUGCACACAAUAGCAGCUGGUAUAUCACCUUCCAGUCAGACACGGAUGCACAACAGGCUUUUAGAUAUUUAAGAGAAGAAGUGAAAACCUUUCAGGGCAAGCCAAUCAUGGCAAGGAUAAAAGCCAUCAAUACUUUUUUUGCCAAGAAUGGUUAUCGAUUAAUGGAUUCUAGUGUGUAUAGUCCUCCCAUUCAAGCUCAAGCACAGUAUGCCUCACCAGUCUAUAUGCAGCCUGUGCAUAAUCCUCACCAACAAUAUUCUGUCUAUAGUCUUGUGCCUCAUCUUGUGCCUCAGUCUUGGUCUCCAAAUCCUGCACCUUACUUUGAAACACCACUAGCUCCUUUCCCUAAUGGUUUUGUGAAUAGCUUUAAUUCACCUGGAUCUUAUAAAACAAAUGCUGCUGCUGCUGCUGCUGCUACUACUAUGACUAUGAGUCGACCAUUCCCCAAAAAUCACGUGAAGCCUCAUUUUAGGUCUUCCAGUGGUUCAGAACACUCAGCAGACGGCUCUGUAUCAUUGGGGGAUGGACCAUUAAAUAGAUCUAAUUCGAGAAACUUUCCAGCUGAACGACAUAACCUAACAGUAACAGGACAUCAGGAGCAAACUUACCUUCCAAGAGAGACUCCCACUUUGCAGAUGGAACAGAAUGGAGACAAUGGUAGAGGCAGGAAAACUGUCUCCCGAGGUCGAAGACGACGAGAAGAUGACAGAAUCACUAGACCCCCUCCAACAGCUGAAGCAAAGGCUCCAACACCAAAGUUUGACCUGUUAGCCUCAAAUUUUCCUCCUUUACCUGGAAGUUCAUCAAAGACACUGGGUGAACUCUCUUUGGAGAGCAGGAUGUCUGAUAUCGUUAAAGGUGUCUACAAAGAAAAGGAUAAUGAAGAGUUGAGAGUUAGUUGCCCAGUGGCUACAGAGGAUGAACAGGCUCACUGCAGCUCUACUCAGCAUCUCAGUAUGAGCUCAAGUCCUCCUGUUACUGCGGAACUUCCUACAUUAAGCACAACCGAGCAAGAAAAGAAUAUACCAGAGGAACCCACUAUUCAGAAGGAUAGCCUCAACCAGACGACUUUACCACUUUCUUCCCCAACUAGUAUAAAGCCAUCAAGGACAGAUACUGCUUCACCAAGUGAUAGUAUAAAUGCAACCCUAGCUGUGGCCCUACAGGAACCUCGAAAGUUAAGCUAUGCUGAAGUGUGCCAGAAGCCCCCUAAAGAGCCAUCUCCAGUUCUUGUGCAACCACUACGGGAACUUCGCUCCAACGUUGUGUCUCCCACCAAAAAUGAAGAGACUGAAACUCCUGAAAAGUCUGUUGAGAAACCACAUGAUAAGCCAGAAGCAAGGGCUAGUAAGGAUUAUUCUGGCUUUCGAGGCAACACAGUUCCCAGGGGAGCAGCUGGAAAAAUCAGGGAACAGAGACGCCAGUUUGGCCAUAGGGCUAUACCUCAGGGAGUGACUCGACGUAACGGCAAAGAGCAAUAUGUGCCACCCAGAUCACCAAAGUAA